CCAAAUCCCAUCUCCGCCGCAGGGCUGCUACUCGCGCAUUUUCCUAACUGGUUGCGCUAGGCGUCUCCGUGGAACAGGCACCUGGAGGGGUACACUCGCGCGUCGUCGUAUAGAGUCCAUCAGGGAGUCUGCUUGAUCUCCACAACUUGAUCGAGGUCUGUCUGGUACAUUUGUCGGACCUUCUUGUUACCAUUGGGUUCAAUUCAAUGUACUUCUGUACACACGAGUCCUUGACGGGGAACAACAACAUAACCAUCAAGCUAAUUGGACUAACUAAAUCUGGCUUUUCGCAGAUAUCUCUUUUUCUCUUCCCUUUCUUUCGUCCAUGUUCUUUCUCUCUUUUUCACUCGCGCUUAUUCAUUUUCUCUUUGAGUCUGGGUGAAGGUUGCCCAAGAAGUUCAAGAUCUGGAUAACCAACGCCUUCCUCUGGUGUCUUAUCUUCGUCCUCAUCACAACGCUGCUAUAGGGGACCUAGUCCCUCAUUUCCUAACCCCAUUGACGCAUUUGGGUUCCCUACCAUAGCAUCCUCCAUUGCCUUGCCUCGACUUAACCAUCCCCGUAAUUUCACACCCGGCAGACUGCAAUGUCGGUGAACCAACUAUCACCGGUUGCAGAUCACGAAAUAGGAAACCCCAUAUUCGCUUCGAAAAGGCAACCGGCAUCGGAACAGGAAUCGAUUGACCUACGACUGAAACGCCUCAAGGAAGAGGUUCUUCCUUUCUAUCCAUUUCUCCUCACUGUUCCGACCGAUGUGCCUUUCCGGCUCGGAAGUCGGUUCGUCAACAAUUGGGCAGUUGGGGCGGACGGACCAUUCGCCCCGGAGGAACAACAACUCCAGUAUAUGACAUUUUUGACACACCACGAAGGGGAUUCCUUACUUCUGGCUGUGGGAGAUUGGUCAGAUGAAACAGGGAACGCCAUGGCGGAUCAACACCUAGGGGCACAAAGUGCCGCAAGCACCCCGGUCGGCGGGUUUUCUAAAAAGAAGAUCAGUUUGAGCGAUUAUAAGAAUAAAAAGAAGGGUGAUUUUCUUGCCUCUUCAUUUUCAGAGGUCGCGAAUAGAAAGGUCUCUGUUUCACAAGGAUCUGGCGAUAAUCGACCAGUUUCCCGAGAUAGCCUUAUGGAAAAUAGUGCCCAAGACCAACCGAAACCUUCUUCAUCCUCCAAGAAGGCCAUUCCAUCUGUUGCUGAGGGCAUAGGGCAAAAACGUGCUCCCGAGCCCGAGCUUGGACAAUUACAACCACGCGAAGCAAGGAAAUCAGAGAUUCGUUCUCCAAAACGACCGCGACUCUCACCCGAGAGGGCAGUGAGCAAAGACUCUGACCACGGGCAGAAUAUUCCCAAUGGUGUCCCUGCUCUUCUCUCUCCAACACUACCUCCGACUUCUUUCAGCCUUGAACUUCCUCGACUCUUAUCACCAACACUUCCGCCAGAUAUCGAAAAAGAGCUUGCGAAACUGCGCGAAGAAUCUCCAGUGCGGAGUUCACGUCAUAAACGGGGCGUCUCCAAUACGUCGAUGGCGAGGAAGGAUGAUCGGGCAAUGAUCGAGUUAGCCAGCUACGCCAGGUCACAACCGGUAACUUCGUUGAACCAUGGUAGUCGGGGUCUUCGCAGCAAACCGCUGGAUCCAGCGGAUAAGGGUUUGGGUCUAGAUUCAGGUAAUCACCAUACUUUCGAGCGUUCGGCAAGCAAGAUGCACUCGGACACCAUUGACAAGCAUGUACGACCUCACGCAUCUAAUACGACGAAUACUUAUACAUCGUCAGUUAGCGCCAAAACACUCCAUAAUGUCAAUACAGCUAAUGCACGACGAAUUGUCAAACUGAAAUAUGGUAGAUCCAACAGAAAGCGAGUGGAAGCUCUUCUCAGAUUCUCUGGUAAGAGGAAAGUGGUCCUUGGAGGUUCACCUGUUAAAGGUUCGAUUCUUCAAGAUAACCACUGGAAUAAGGAAGAGGAGUGUUCUCAAAAAGAUCAAGGGCCGGACCAUCUGACUCUCGCAUCCAACGUGCCCGAGAAGAGAACAAGGAGCGAUGAAACAGGUAGUUUAGACGGAGAGCGCUUGAAGGGCCCUAAGAAGACUCCUUCUGCAGAAUCCAAUACGCCAAUUCUGCUGCCUCCUUCGAUGUCUACUCAAAAUCAAGAACGAAAGGUGUCAAUAACUCCAGUGAAAGAUAGUAAUAAGACUAUGCAUCGGGCUGAACCUACUGAUGACGGAAAGACAACACCAUCGUCUCGACAAGCCAGCAAGCGUACGCCGGAUAACUCCGAAGCUGUUACGAAGCUGUCACCCCAGUCUGAAACUCAAGAAAAUCGCGAGCGAAAUCGCGAGCGGCGAGCCUGGAGAGAUGAAUUCCAGAAAUACGGAAAUCUUGGCCGUGAACUAAAACAUGCCGCAGAGCGUUACACGGCAAAGGAUAAUGUGACAGCCGCAGAUGAAAAGCUUGCAGCGGUCACCGCAAUUGAAGCGAUUCUCUGCUUCAUUCUAGCGUUUGUUGCCGAUGACCAGUCCAAAAAUUUGGCGCGCCAGGUCGGAGAAUCAUCGAAUUGGCUAUCUAUCCUCGCAUAUUGGCGUGUAGUAAAAAAAAACAGCGCACCGUACCGGCAACUGCAUAGUCUCUGCCUAAUUCUAGGUGCUGUUUCUUACGAUGCGAUUCACGCUCUUGACAUAGAACGUCUCGCAGUUACCCCUCUCCCAGGUGACAGCGCUCCAGGGAGUGAUGUGAACGUUAUGAAGGACAAUAUCAAAAGGAGUCGGAAGGAAUUUCUUGAGCUGAAGGCACGGCUUCCUGAAUGCUUCAAAGAAGCCAGAAGGUUAUGGAUCGAAGGCACUCGAGGACUCUCAGAGGAUGUCCUUCUACGUGAGUUCCCAAUGACAUGGUCCAACCGUUGCACGAAUUAUUCCGAACAUGGAAAUCAACAACUGAAAGUCGGCGAAUAUUCUGGGGAGUAUUUCUUGCCCCUACGCAGGACAACAACGCCGGUGGAAGUUGUCCGAUUCGGUUGGUCCAUAUUGAAUGAGUGCCAUCGAUCAACCCAAGCUAAGUGA